CGGCCAGUUGCUGGCUAGAGGCAGCGACCAGGAGUGGCUUGGUUGAAUUAGGAUCUCCUCGGCCCCUAGCGCUAGGCCUCCUUUUUCCUGGAUCCAUCCAAUCCACUUCUCGCAGUUUCCCAUGCACCUCCGCCAGCUCUCCCAGAGAUGCCCAUGACCUGCUGAGGGAGGCGCCCCCACACCCUCCGUGAGGUGCGGCGGUGGGCCCGGGACGACUGAAGCCACUUAGCAGCUCUUUCGCUCGGGCUGGCUAGGCGGCGGGCAGCGGCGCUCCGCCGCAGUGGCGCACCCUCAGAAGCCGCCGCCCUACAAGCUGCCACCCGACAGCCUGCCCGCUAGCCAGGCAGCCCUUCAGUGGGUCGGUUCCACUCCCGGCUACGUGAGACUCAGGACCUCUAGCCGGCCUGCAGUCCGCAGCUCUGACCGCCCUGUGCCACAGCAUGGCCCAGAGAGCGCAGAAGAGGUGCGGAACCACCCACUUGCUGGUCCAGUCGUCCGACGAAGCACUGCCACUCGCCACAGGAAAGCUGGAAAUAAAGGGCCAGCCCUCUCUCUGUGCUUUUUUGAGCCCACUCUCUGCUGCAACCACAGAGACUCUCAGCAGCUGCCGUACUACCUCUCUGUCAGAGAUGAUACCCAAUGAUUACCUGGCUCAAGUCAUCCCGGACCACCCUGAGGUAGAAGGCCUGACUGGGGAGGUAGGGCUGGAGGAGUUGGAGAAAUCUAAGCAGUAUGACCAGAGUGACUUGAGUAACAGUGAAGAGAGUGGUUGGAACAAGAAGAAAACCAAAGUCAACAAGAUCUGGAAUUUUGUGAGCCGCAGAAAAGGGGCCUCCAGCCAGAAAAAGCGACCCCAGUCCAUGUUUUUACUGGGAGACACCUCCAGGCUGUCAGAAGUGAAACCUAAAUUCAGGUUCAUGGAUCGAAUGAAGACAUUCAGGAGGCUGAAGUCUUCUAUUGGGGCCUUCAAAUACACUCCCCCUAGGACAAGCAAGAUCCAGGAGGCGCAGGAUGCCCCAGGUAUCUAUCAGAUCAGAAAGACUGAGGAGGCCCUGAAGCCCUUCCGCCAUUCCUAUGCCGGCCCCAUCAAGGGCUUGGAGCCUUUCCUCACAGAUGUGCAGGGGCUUGGGCAAGCCUCCAAGAGGGUGAACCAGAAAGUACUGGCCUUUGAUGAGUUUAGCAUCCAUGUGCAGGACAAUUCCUGGCAGGAGAAGGUCCCUGAACAGCUUCAGGGUGAAAGGCAAGGCAGAACCUACCUGAAAAGCCUAUUCCCCAGGGACUGUGAAGGUCUCAAUACAUGGGCCAAUGAUGCUGAAAUCCUGAAAUUUGAGGCUGCCAUCGAGGACUCCACCUUGGAAGCAGACUUGCAAGGUAGCAUUGAAGGGAACCCUGAACACCAGUGCCGAGAAAAGGCUGCACCAUUGGGUGUCAUCAUCAAAUUCUUUAAUAGUGUGGUUGAGGUGGCCCGCAAGUGGCAGGCAUUCACCCGUGAAGAGCCGCAGUUGUCCUGCCACAACCAUGAGGCCUGCUUCAGCAGUUGCAGCAAUAGCUUCAUCCGGGAGGGCACUGCCUCCCUGUCCUCCUUACCACUCAACCUGUCCUGCCAGGCCACUGAGGCCUCACUGUGGAAUAGUACCUUGGAAAGGCUUUGGCAACACCCCCGCCACCUGAAGCUCUCACAGAGCUUAUGCACUUUUGAGAUGAGCAUUGAGGGCAAAGAAACGCUGGACCAGGACCUAGCGGGUCCCUGUAUUGCUGCCACCUCUUCCCCAACCUUGGCCAUCUUAGAGUUCCAGGACAACCCAGUGCAGCAGAACAGCCAUGGGCAUGGCAGUCGUGGCCAAAUCUACUGCAGCACCUUUACCAGGGAGCACUCCUCCUCUGAGGAGCUUGAGGAGGACACUGACACCGUGGUCAGCUUCCUCAAGGAAGAUGACAAUGAUAGGGAGUCCCCUGAGCUGGGUGUCAAUGCAAGGAGAUUUACCACUGAGGUUGUCAUGGAAAAGCUAGAGGAGAAGCUCAACGAGAUGAAGGGGCAAGAGGCUAGUAGGGAGCCUGAGGUGUCCAACCUGGCCAGGCAGCUCCAGGAGCCUCAGUUGGAAAUGGGGGAAGCAGAGGCAGAGGGCAAAGCCGGCGAGCCCUACACUGGAGUCUGUGGUGCUCAGGCCUUCUCUCCCACAGCUGAACUAUCACCAAGGACUCUGCCACUUAAAUCCUUCUGGAAAAAUGCCACUCUCUGCCCACCUCACAAAGUAUCCCUAUGGAGCUGGACCAAGUAGGCUGGAGGAGACCUAUGAUGCUUUGCCGUGGUAACCUGGACAAGGGCUCCAAGAUGCUAGAAACCCACAAGAACAUUGGUGAAUACUGGAAGCCCCAGGGAUCAGGAAACAAGGCAGUU